AUGGCUGUGCCGAAUUUUUCUGGACCUUACGGUUCGCUGCGACUGCUGCUGCUGCUUGCCACGCUUCUUGUAUUCAUGGCGGUGUCUGUGAACAGCGUAGAGGUUAUGAAUCUAGUCUCAAAAGCCUCCCUUAACGUCUCUGACUACGGAGGUGGAGUUUUGCGCGUCACACUGACACCAUUGACGGAAUCGUUUUACGAAGUCAAGGACGUGGUGAUACGGGAACCGGAGAAGGUGAAACUUGACUCCGUUUGCGAAGGAGAGAAAUGCAGCAUUUCCAGUGGUUUGUGUGUUGUAACAGCCACUGUCGCUGAUGAUGUUUUUUAUGCAAGUUAUGAAUGCAAUGGGUCUGUGCUAACUUCUGUACAACUGUCACUGGGCUCGCUUGAGGAACCUUCUGUGAAGUUUAAGUUUCCCUCUGCUCGACGCCUCUACGGCAUCCCUGAGCACGCAAUGGAUCUACCGCUGCACAAAAAUGUGACGUACGUCUUGUACAACAACGACGCCUUUCAGUACAAAAUUGACGAUCCCAGACCCUUGUAUGGGGCGAUUCCCUUCCUUUUAGCUCAUUCCUCGAAGACCUCCACAGGCGUGCUUUUUCUCAACAGCGCAGGGAUGCGUGUCACAGUGCAAGAGGAAGAUGAAGUGCUUGGAUGUCAAUGGAAUACAGAAGGCGGGCUGGUGGACUUAUUCUUCUUUCCUGGUCCGACCCCUUUUAUGGUACAGAAGCAACAUGCUUCCGUCACUGGCAACACCAUGCUGCCGCCGUAUUUUAGUCUUGGCUACCAUCAAUGCCGGUGGAACUACCGAAACACAAACGAUUGCCUGAAUGUGGACCAAGGGUUUGAUCGACACAAUCUUCCAUAUGAUGUUUUAUGGCUUGACAUUGAGCACACUGAUAACAAGAAGUAUUUCACUUGGGACAAACACAAUUUUCCCCAACCAGAAUUGCUUGUCAGUGCGCUGGCGUCAAAGGGGCGAAAGCUUGUUACCAUCAAGGAUCCGCACGUGAAGCGCGAGAGUGGAUACUUUGUGCAUGAGGAAGCAACAAAUGGCAACCACUAUGUGAAGAAUGCGGAGGGAACGGAGGAUUAUGUGGGAAAGUGUUGGCCUGGAUCGAGUUCAUGGGUUGAUUUCUACAACAAACGAACGAGGGAUUGGUAUGCAACAUUUUUUCACCACGACCGUUAUGAGGGAGGAAGUCAUGAUGUACACUCCUGGGUGGAUAUGAAUGAGCCAUCUGUGUUCGAUGUAGGGGAUAAUACCAUUGCCAGAGAUGUCAAACACACCAGCGAUAGCGGCAAAUUGGUUGACAACAAAUACCUGCAUAACAUGUACUCUGUGUAUAACCUGAUGAGUGUGUAUCAGGGGCAUAUAGAGACAAGCAAAGGCCUGAGUCACGUUAAACGACCCUUUAUUCUGACACGAAGCUUCUUCUCUGGGGCUCAGCGUUAUGCGGCGAUGUGGACAGGUGAUAAUAUGGCAAAAUGGGAUCAUUUGCAAAACUCUUUUCCAGAGUUGUUGUCUAUUUCCGUGUCAAACUACGCGUUUUGCGGUGCAGACAUUGGCGGUUUUUUCUUUGAACCCGAUGAGGAGCUUUUCGUGCGAUGGAUGCAGGCCGGCGUAUUUUAUCCCUUUAUGCGAGCGCAUGCCCAUUUGGAGACGAAACGGCGUGAACCAUGGACUUUUGGCGAGACUGCAACCGACCGCAUUCGUGUUGCGUUGGCGCUUCGUUACUCCCUUUUGCCGUACUUGUAUACACAGUUUUUCCUUAGUCACAAAACUGGUUCGACUGUGCUGCGUCCGCUUUUCUACGAAUUUCCACAUGAUGAAACGUUAUAUGAUGAGCAGUACACCUUCAUGUUUGGUCCCUCUCUAUUGGUUUCCCCGGUGCUUCAGCCAGGGGUGACGGAGAAGAACGUCACAGUACCUGCAGGUAGUGUCUGGUACUCCUAUGCCACAGGUGAGGUGGUGCCUUCUGGCAUUUUUCAGAUGAGUGUGGAUAUGGACUCGAUACCGUUGUUCCUGCGCGGUGGUCAUAUUAUUCCUGCAAAGCUGCGCAUGCGCCGCAGUACAUUCAGCGCUCGACAUGAUCCUUUUACCCUCUACGUGGCGUUGAAUGAACACGGCAAUAGUGACGGCGAACUCUUUGUAGAUGAUGGUGAGUCAUUCAAUUAUGAAACAGGGGCAUACAUUCACCGACGUCUCUCGUUUACGGGAAACCAGCUUACAUGCACAGCUCACCCUGAUGCCAUGUCAUCUGUUUUAACCCCGCUCUAUGUUCGCAACAGGGUGGAGCGUGUCAUGAUUUUCGGCUACGUUGGGCGGCCUAAGCGCGUCAUUGUUCAAACAACCGUGGAUUCAGUUGGUAUUGGCCGUGAGGUGGACUACGAGAUGCAGGGUGGGGCAUUGCUGCUGCGCAAGCCUGAUGUACCGAUCUGUGAUGAUUGGACUAUUAUACUGGAGCGAUAA